AUGUCGAAUCCAAAAGACGAUCCCGAAUACGAUGAGUGGUGCGAUCCAGACAACCCACGUAAAGUCAAAUAUGAGGAUAUACUGGCUGCAUCACGACGUAUUGUAGGACAAGUAAUACGGACACCAUGCGUGAGAGCUCACAUGUCAACAAAACUGGGACUGGAAUUGUAUAUGAAACAGGAAUUCUUUCAAGUCACAGGAUGCUUCAAGGAACGCGGAGUACGAAACACUUUGUUGUUGCUUACUGAUGAUCAAAAGAAGUAUGGAGUAGCUGCUGCCAGUACCGGGAACCACGCUGGAGCGUUGGCCUACCACUCCGCUCAGAUGGGCAUACCUAGCCUGGUGGUGAUGCCCGUUCACGCUCCCAUCACCAAAAUAAAUAAAGCUGAAAGAUCAGGAGGCAAGAUAGUUUUACACGGAGCGAAUAUGGCUGAGGCGAAACAUUUUGCUAUGUCAAUGGCGAAAGAGAAGAAAAUGAUGUAUAUUAACGGCUACGAUCAUCCGAAUGUCAUUGAGGGACAGGGAACCAUUGGCAUAGAGAUAAUAGAACAGCUGCCUUCCGUAGAUGCUGUACUGGUACCUUGCGGCGGAGGAAGUCUGCUGGCUGGGAUAGCCAUCGCUGUAAAACAUCUCAAACCGGACUGCGAAGUCUAUGGUAUAGUAACAGAUAAAACAUUCAGUAUGGUAGAGGCUCUAAGGAAGAAUGAACGUAUCUGCAUAACACUGGAGCCAUCGAUAGCUGAUGGAUUAGCAGUAAACAAAGUCGGUGUCAACACGUUCCACAAUGUGAAGGGUCUCGUCGACAAAAUGAUUAUUGUAAGAGAGGAUUGGGUGGCUCGUGCUAUUAUGCAUGUCAUUGAAGAGGAAAAAGUCGUUAUAGAAGGCGCCGGUGCAGUAGGCAUUGCAGCUAUUAUGGCCGGCUUGUUUCCUAACUUAAAAGGCAAAAAAGUGGUAGCAGUCUGUUCUGGGGGUAACAUCGAUGCGACUACCCUAUCGCGCGCGCUAGAGCGGGGCAUGGCGGCGGAGGGUCGGCUGGUGAAGUUCAAGGUGACGGUGUCGGACCGGCCCGGAGGCCUGGCUGACCUGUGCAGCAUGCUCGCAGGCAUCGGAGUCACCAUGCGGGACUGUGUGCCGGAACGUGCCUGGGUCAAGGGUGAUGUUUUCAGUGUCCAGUUGAAAGUGAUUGUUGAAACCAGAGGAUGGGACCAUACUAAAGAGUUGGUCGAGUCUAUCAAGAAACACUAUAAAGAGUACUUCUUCCAAGAGAUGACAGAGCGCUCCGACAAAAUAGCGAGUACUAAGCGCGGGCCCUGCCUGGCGCCCAACCCUGUGUGCAUGCAGAAGUGAUUCGAAACAAUGUGC